CCUGCCACGUUCUUCACUUGCCCUCACCCCGCAUGCAAAAUCACAUCAUCGCCGCCCACGCAACGAUGGACACUCACCUUGGCAGCGUUUCGCAGACUUGACAAGAAUCGAUAUCCUGACCGGAUGACGCGGCAAGCACACGCGACUCGGGGCUGAGGGCGACGACUUCCGUCAAAGCGACCUCAUUUGCCAAACCACAGAGAGAGGCCUAGAACUUGCUCCUUUCAUCCACACCGCCAACAGGACUUACACAUACCACGAGACUGCUCGACGCCCACGGCGAUACUUCUCUGUUCAACCCUCGCCAUGGAUCCAACUUCCAGGCUACUCCUGGCAACAUGCUUACUGCCAUUCGUCGUUGGACAAUCGAAUAACGAUGGCGAAGACCUGUCGGAAAGCAUAUACGGUACCUCCACAUCAACGCCAGCCGGUACGGCAUCAUCAACGUCGACAGCCCAGCCGACUGAAACCAACGACGGCCAACGAGAAAGCGACAUGGACAGCCUCGUGAACUAUUAUUUCGUCUUCCUGGCUCUGAUCGUCAUCCUCGUGGGUAUCGGCGCCUUCUUCGUCUACAGGCGCAAGCGCAAAAUCGCACUGCUCUACCAAAACGGCCAAGCAGGUGCCUUACAGCAAGACGUCGGUGCUUGGGACCCGUCGCGCGCAAGAAGGAGGUACUGGCAAGGGAGGUGGAGAUCAACAGAUGUCACGCAUAGAGAAGAAGGGUUAAAUGAGCAUGGAGAGGCACCACCACCGUACAUGCCCAAGGAGACGCGAGAUGAGGAGCAAGGUCUUCCGAUGCGGAAUUACAACGAUGAUAACAACCUUGCGGUACCACUUCAGACUCUGUCGAGGGAGCAAGCGGGGCUUAAGCCGCCCGAGUACGACUAUGCUGUGACAGAGCAUUAUGCGCGACCAGAUGCUACAGGGUCGACUAGCUCAUCACAGCAACCGACUACGGAGCCAUGGAGUCAACAGCAGCAUCAACGAUGAUCGUAGGUGGCAUUGGGGGGCAUUUCGACAUAAAAUUGGAGAAGAAUGUUUUGUGAUUGUUUUAACAGCGAGCGAGCGAGACAGCGUUCAUUGCAGCGAGGAGUUGGUGGGGAAACAUCGUUUAUGGGAUCCAUUUUAGGAUAGCGAGACACCGCUCGCCUGAAGGCACUGUGGUAGAAGGCAGAUGCUACCAUGAGAUUGAAAUUACGGUCGUUGCUGGCCUGUGCAAGACUUGAUACGAACAUCCGAAAGCACAUCGAAGGAGUGACUGUAUAGCUCCAAUGUCAGAUUUUCAUGGCGCAUCUU